AAGUGUUGGUGACGUGUUGGAAGAUAACCCUGUUGGGAGGCUCAAGGUUUACGUGUAUGAUCUCCCAGUAAAUACAACAAGAAGCUGGUGAAGAAGGAUCCUAGGUGCCUGAACCACAUGUUUGCUGCUGAGAUCUUCAUGCACCGGUUCCUGUUGUCAAGUGCUGUCCGAACAUUUAAUCCUGAAGAAGCAGAUUGGUUCUACACUCCCGUAUACGCCACAUGUGAUCUGACUCCUUCGGGUAUUCCCCUUCCCUUCAAAUCUCCACGCAUGAUGCGCAGCGCAAUUGAGCUAAUUGCCACGAACUGGCCUUACUGGAACAGAUCAGAGGGUGCGGAUCAUUUCUUUGUCACGCCACAUGACUCUGGUGCUUGCUUCCAUUAUCAGGAAGAGAAAGCAAUCGGGCGGGGAAUCCUUCCCUUGCUUCAACGUGCUACACUGGUUCAGACCUUUGGACAGAAGAACCAUGUCUGCCUGAAGGGUGGGUCCAUCACAAUCCCACCAUUUGCACCUCCCCAGAAAAUGCAGGCUCACCUUAUCCCCGUGGACACCCCUCGGUCUAUCUUCGUGUACUUCUGUGGUCUGUUCUACGACACCGGCAACGAUCCUGAGGGUGGUUACUAUGCGAGAGGUGCUCGUGCAUCAGUCUGGGAGAACUUCAAGAACAACCCGCUCUUCGACAUCUCGACUGAUCACCCACCGACUUACUACGAAGACAUGCAGCAUUCAGUGUUCUGCCUAUGCCCCUUGGGCUGGGCUCCAUGGAGCCCCAGGCUGGUGGAAGCUGUGGUUUUCGGCUGCAUCCCGGUGAUCAUCGCCGACGACAUUGUCCUGCCCUUUGCGGAAGCCAUCCCAUGGGAGGAGAUCAGUGUGUUUGUCGCCGAGGAGGAUGUCCCGAAGCUGGACAACAUCCUGACGUCCAUCCCAACAGAUGUUAUACUGAGGAAGCAAUGUCUCCUUGCAAACCCGUUGAUGAAACAUGCCAUGCUGUUCCCCCAGCCUGCUCAGGCGGGAGAUGCAUUCCACCAGAUCCUAAAUGGGCUCGCGCGCAAGCUCCCACAUGGUGAGAGCGUCUUCUUGAAGCCCGGGGAGAGGGUCCUGAACUGGACCGCCGGACCGCCAGGCGACCUUAAACCUUGGUAGCAUCUGCCUGCCUAGAACCUUUUUGGGAAAAAAGCAAGAAUGAGAACAUGGUGAUAUACAUACAUGCACCUUUAAGUUACCAUGGUUGUAUACUUGUAUAGUGCUGACCACAAGCCAAAUGUACAUUUUGGUAUGUUCUUUCUUUUUUCCCUGUAGCUGUUAUACCAUAUAUCUUCA